AUGAGAGUGAAAACGUUGGCGUUUUUUCCACUUGCAGUAGUAAAUGCUCCACUCCAGAAUCCUGUUCCAUUGGCCAAUGGCGCGCAUGGAGACUCGAAAGUGGACUGGGUGACAGAAUGGAUGGGCGGAAAGAAUACAAAUUCAAUGCUAGACCCAACGGCCGCAGUAAUAGUGUCUGGCGAGAAUGCGAUCGCAUUGUUAUCACCGACGGUUACGAUUUGCAGCCCAGGAGCGGAGGAUGUUGCUGUGGACGCUGCAGAGGUUGUGGUGGAACUACUUCCGGCUCCUCCGCCUCCACCAUACUGCGCGAGGGCAAAUGGAAAUAGGGAGAGCAAGAGCGCCUUGCUUGAAAAAUGCAUUUUUAAACGGUAUUAUUUGUAGCUAGAAAGGGGUAUUCUAGAAGUUCGUUGAUUAGUACAGGUAAAAAUAACUCUCAUAGGUUCGAGGCAGGUUGGGAAUUUUUAUGUCGAAAGGGUAGC